GCGGCGGGCGGCGAAUGGCGGCGGCUCCGACGCGGAAGAAGCUGGGAGCGGCCGCCGCUCCUUGCGCCACGCUCUGAGCUGGUGCCGGCCGGGAUGGCGGGCGGCGGAGCCCCGCGGGGGACGCGACGCUGAGCGGCGGCUCGGCCGUGUUCUGAUCUGCUUUCCCAAGUGAGUGUGGUAUGGCUGGGGCCAAUAUUUAACAAUGAGUGGUGCAGCGCUGGGCUUCGAGAUAGUGUUUGUCUUUUUCCUGGCGUUAUUCCUACUUCACCGUUAUGGAGACUUCAAGAAACAGCAUAGGCUGGUGAUUAUAGCAACAUUAUUGGCUUGGUAUCUCUGCUUCCUGAUUGUAUUCAUACUGCCUCUGGAUGUCAGUACGACUAUUUAUAAUCGAUGCAAACUUGCGGUUAACUCCAGUCCUGCAGAAAGUAAUGGCUCUUACGUUACGCUUGCUCCAAGCAGCAAGCAAAAAUGUUUCAAACCCUGGAGUUAUAUUCCUGAUGGAAUUAUGCCAAUUUUCUGGCGUGUUGUAUAUUGGACGUCUCAGUUUUUAACAUGGAUUCUGCUACCUUUCAUGCAGUCAUAUGCUAGAUCAGGAGGGUUCUCCAUCACUGGAAAGAUUAAAACUGCUUUGAUUGAGAAUGCCAUCUAUUAUGGCACUUACUUGCUGAUUUUUGGAGCAUUUCUAAUAUAUGUGGCUGUAAACCCAAACUUCAAUUUACAAUGGAACCAGCUUCAGACUAUUGGAAUAGCUGCUGCAAACACAUGGGGUCUGUUCCUUCUUGUUUUGCUUUUGGGUUACGGUUUGGUUGAAAUCCCUCGUUCUCACUGGAAUGGAGCCAAGAGGGGUUAUCUACUCAUGAAGACUUACUUCAAAGCUGCCAAACUGAUGACUGAAAAAGCAGAUGCAGAGGAGAAUUUAGAGGAUAUUAUGGAGGAAGUCCGCAAAGUAAGUGAGAGUAUCAAAUAUAACCACCCCUUGCGGAAAUGUGUUGAUACAAUACUGAAAAAGUGCCCUACUGAGUACCAGGAAAGAAUGGGUAGGAACAUGGAUGAUUAUGAAGAUUUUGAUGAAAGACAGAACAGUUAUCCCAGUGAAAAAAGUCUGGCCAAACUUCAUAAGCAGGUAAUCUAUUCAGUGCAGAGACAUCGUCGUACACAGGUCCAGUGGCAAAUUCUUUUAGAGAAAGCAUUUUAUCUGGAAGAUGUGGCAAAAAAUGAAAGCAGUGCAACUCGACAGUUUGUUCAUACCUUUCAUUCCCAGGAACCAGAAAAUAAAAUUAUUCAGUAUUUCUACACACCAACGGUUGAGUGGUACUGGGAGUGCCUUCUCCGACCAUGGUUUUACAGAGUGCUUGCAGUUGUGCUGGCCACGUUCUCUGUAAUUGUUGUGUGGUCAGAGUGCACAUUCUUCAGCACAAAACCAGUUCUGUCACUAUUUGCGGUUUUCAUACAGCUGGCAGAAAAUACAUAUAAUUAUAUAUAUAUAGAGAUGGCCUGUUUUCUUACCAUCUUUUUCUUAAGUAUCUGUGUUUACUCUACUGUCUUCAGGAUCCGUGUAUUUAACUAUUAUUACUUAGCUUCACAUCAUCAGACAGAUGCAUACAGUCUCCUUUUCAGUGGCAUGUUAUUUUGCCGUCUUACUCCACCAUUGUGCUUGAACUUUCUGGGCUUGACCCAUAUGGAUGCAACAAUCUCUCACAAAAAUACUCAGCCAACUGCUUAUACAUCUAUAAUGGGAUCCAUGAGAGUGCUGUCCUUCAUUGCAGAUGGAUUCUAUAUAUACUACCCAAUGCUUGUUGUCAUUCUUUGUAUUGCUACGUACUUCAGUUUAGGAACUCGUUGUUUGAAUCUUUUGGGAUUCCAGCAGUUCAUGGGUGAUAGCGAAAUGACCUCUGAUUUGAUUGAUGAAGGAAAAGAGCUAAUUAGAAGAGAAAAAAGAAAACGACAAAGGCAGGAAGAAGGUGAAAACAGAAGAAGGGAAUGGAAGGAGCGAUAUGGAAAUAGAGAUGAUUCCACCAGAAGCAGAGCUGUCCACACAGACCAGAAAGAAUCCAGCUUCUCAGAGACCAACACCAAUAGACCACUAUCAAAGUAUACCCGUUCAAAUGGUAGGACUGAAAGAGAUAGAGUAGAACUCCUCCAGGAUGCAGAACCUUUGGAUUUUAAUGCAGACUCUGUUAAUGAUGACCCCCUGGAAUCGGACUCAGGAAGGUACCAGCCUGGUGGGAGAUACCUGUCAAUGUCUCGAAGCAAAAUAUUUGAUGAUGUCUAAGCUCAUCAAAGCUAAAGAAGAUUCAGUGGAAAUCUAGCUCCUACUCAUUGCUUGGAAAAUUGUAUUUGCGAUAUAUCACUGAACCAUCAAAGACUCUUAAAAAAACCAUGAAGGAACAACUCUUUUGGACAUGCACAUGUAUAACUUCACCACUUGUGAUAAGAAUAUGCUUCUGCUGUUGUAGAUACUGUUGUGCAUCAGUGUGGGCUUUUGUGUCAUGACCAAAAAAGAAAAAAAAUUAAAGUUAUUAAGGUAAAUUUAUUAAUUUAAAGUAAACUCAUAAAUACACCUGGGGCUCAACUUGAACUGUAACAGUCUAAGUUUGGGGAAGAGAUUUUUUGGAAUUUUUUAUUUUGUAUUUUAACCAAUGCUGUGAGAGUAUAUUGAUGCAUCCAAAGUGCAGUUAUAUCAAUUACUAUGAUGCCUUGUGAAGGCUGACCUUGAACAGAGACUAGACAGAACUAAAGAACAAAGUAGGUAUUUAUUAGAAGGUCUCAAUGGUUACACCUUGGGCAGCACAAGAGCCCAGCCAGGGCUGAACCCAAGAUGAACCCAAAAUGGUCACAAAAUGCACAACCGGUCACGAGGUCUCUCUCUUUUAAAAGUUCUGGUCCAUUUGCAUAUUGGAGUUAAUUGUCCAAUUAUGGCUUUAGGUUAUGAAGUCCCAUCCUUUUUGUUUUUCUCUCUUCAGUCCAUGUUGUUUAUGCUUUUGGGCCUGAAAUUUGGAUCAUUGUCCUUGGUCCCCAGCUAGAGAAGGAAUUGUUUUGACUACUUUGUGAAGAGAGCUUACUAACAUUUAAUAUGAAGGUUGGAACUACACACUAAAGCAGUACAGAAUCUGAAAAAUAUAAAAACUGAAACGUGAGGCAUCAACUAUAAUAAACACUUUUCUGUAAUUUUUCUAUUUGGACGUCAUGCCUAGUCCAAAACCUGAUGAAGAGAAAUAAGGCUUCUUCUGGCUUCAGUGGUAUUUGAAUCAGACCCCAUAUAAGGAGAAAGCCUGAACAGCAGGCUUUUUCAUCAUAAAAUCAGAAUAUACAAGUUCCAGUAUUUAGAGGGGUAUAAAAGAGAUGGUUUAUCCUUUUUUACAAGGAGUCACAUGGAAAAUACAAGAUGUCGUGGGCACAAGUUCCUCCUGGUUAGGUUCCAGUUGGAUACAAUUGGAAAUUUUUAUACAAUUAGAAAAAUCAGCCAUUGGAAUAAUGUCUCCAAAGAAGUUGUAGAUUUCCCUGACAUUGAACACUUUCAAAAUUUGGCUGGACAAGGUGCUGGGUCAUCUUGUCUACACUAUGCUUUUGCCGAGAAUGGUUGGACUGUAAAAUCAUAGUCACAGAAUGGUUUGGGUUGGAAGGAACCUUAAAGAUCGACUAAUUUCAAGCCACUCUGCCAUGGGCAGGGACACCUUCUAGUGUUGCUCAGCCCUCCAUCCAGCCUGAUCUUGAACACACCCAGGGAUGGGGCAUCCACAAGUUUUGUGUGGCAACCUCACCACCCAAUACAGUAAAGAAUUUCUUACCAUAUCUAAUCUAAAUCUCUCCUCUUCCAAUUUUCACCCAUUUCCCCUUGUCCUAUCACUACAUCUCCUGAUAUAGAGUCCCUCUGCAGCUUCCCUUUAGGCACCUUCAGACACUGGAAGGUUCCUUUGAGAUCUCCAUACAGCCUUCUCUUCACAAGGCUGAACAGCCCCAACUUUUUCAACUGGUCUUCACUGAGGGAGGUGCUGCAGUCCUCUCACCAACCUGGUGGCCUUCUCUGGACUCACUCCAGCAAGCCCCUGUUCUCUCCCUGUGGUGGGAGCCUAGAGCUGGAUGCAGUGCUCCAGGUGAGUCUCAGCAGAGCAGAGGGGCAGAAUCCCCUCCCUCCCCUGCUGUCCACGGGGCUCUGGAUGCAGCCCAGGACACAUUUGGCUCUCUGGGCUCUGAGUGCCGUGGCCAGGGCAUGUGCAGCCUCUCACCCACCAGCACCCACAAGCCCUUCUGGGCAGGGCUGCUCUCAAUUUGUUCUCUGCCCAACCUGUAGUGUGUAAGGUGUGCCUGGGAUUGCAGUGACCCAGGUAUAAGACCUUACCCUUGCUUUGCACACACCCACCUCUCAAGCCUGUCCAGGUUCUUCUGGAUGGCUUCCCUUCCCUCCAAUAUCAACCAGCACCAGCUUGGUAUCAACAGAUAGCCCUUGAGGUUCCUUCCAUCCUGGUACUCUGAUUCCAUGAAAUUUUUUUUAUAUAAAUUUUGGAGUGAUGUGUGUUGGUCAAAAAAGGCUGUAUUUUUUUUUUCCAACAUUAAAUGCAGAUACAUGAUUUUAGCAUGUGUAAAUUCUUGAAAUUUAAUAUGAACCUGAGUGUCACUGUCAUAUGAGCAUAUGUGCAAUAGCAAGAAUACAUUAUUGAAGAUACAAUGUCUGCUUAAGAUCUUUACAGAUUUAAUGAUUCAAAAUCAUGGCACUCUAGUGUUUUUGUAACUGUAAAAGAAACAUAGUAUGAAGAUGGAGUUAUAGACUGAAACAUGAUAAUUUGCACGCACCUCAGGCACGGCUUCAAACUGUAGAGUAUUUCUUUAAAAGAAGGGAAAUACAUAGCAUGACUAGGUAAUGGUAAACACUUUUAAUAUCCUAAAUACUCUGGUUGCAUUAUGUAUCAGUUUUUAAGGUGCCUGUAUUUUGCAGUAGGUUGUUGCAAAAAGAAUAAUACUUUGCCAUUCAAAAAUGCCAAUUAUUAACAGUGUAAAAAAGCUUCACAUUAAUUUCAUUAGUGUAGGCAUAUUUUUAAACCAUAGGUAGUUGUAUGAAUUUUCAAAUAUAAUCAUAAGGUAAAAGAUGUGGUCAAAUUCAAUAUAACUUUGAUAAUUUGAAUAAUUUAAAAUGUUGCUUUUUUCCAGUUUGUCUGAAAUCUUUACCACUUGGGAGCUUUCUUAUGUUCUUAUUGCAAAGUUAUGUUGAAAACUAAAAGAGAACAUGUUUUUAUCAUACAUUCUUUAUCAUGCUUAAAUCAGCUAGGAAUGAGUUAUUCUAAAAAGUAAAUUUUCAUGAAUGACAUAUUCUAGUAAUUUUUAAAAUAGUCUGUGUUUUCUCAAGUAAUUGUUAAUGGGGAUCUAACUCUACCUCCUGUGAUUUUAGUACAUGUGUUGUAACAGUAGUGGUAUUUGUAAUACAUUGAUCUGCCUGUUUUGAAACACUGAAUUGUUACUGUGAAGGAGAAAAAAAAUCUUUAUUUGUAUAGAAAUAAUUAUAUUAAUAAAUUGGCAGACAUACAAUAAUUGUCAGUUUUGUUCUUAGGUGAAUACAGUGAAGGUCAGCCAUGCCCACAGGCAUUCAAGCUCAUGCAAUUUCCAGACUACUCAUAUGAGGUCACUUUUUAGUUUGAGUACUUUAUGUUUGUAAAAGCUUGUUCCAUGUCUUAGGCUUGAAUCUUACCAGGGACUGCAAGUUGAGAAAAUGAGUUUCUCUUUAUUCAGAUAUUUCUUUAGGAAUUCUAUGGUAGCACCUAUUUAAUUUAUUUUUGAACUACUUAGUAGUGCUAUCCUGAAUUCAUCCUUAUAUGAGAGGUGUAUAUGUUCUUGGGCAUCUAUCCACAUGAAUGUUCAUAGACUCUAUAUUUUUGUUUUAAAAAUUUGUAUCAGUGGUUUAUUUAUAAAAAUCUUUGGCAGAAAUAAAAUUCAAACUCUUUGUUUAACUCUUGAGAUGUCACUUCAAAGGGAUCUAAUUCAGGGCCAGUAGAAAAGCUAUUAGAAGGAGCGUCUGUUUUCUGAAAAUCUGUGAUAUAACCCUAACCUAGUCCCUGGUGACCAGACAAUGGGAUUGAGCCUUCUUGGGGCUUGUUUUUUCCCUUCUCAGUGAAAUCGCUGCAAACAGAAUUUUCAGGGGAAAGAUGGUCAGGAUUUUAUGUAUAACAGGUUACUAGUCCCUAGUGCAGAUUUUAUUGGAAUACAGUAAUUUGAAGAGUUGACUGUAUAAAUUAAUGGCAGUGGGAUUUCAGAUUCUAACAUAGACAUUCUGAGCUGAACAUUUUUGUUGUUGCAGUGAAGUAAGGGAGAACCAAUAGCUGCUUUUGGAGCUCUGAAAAGCUUUAAAGAAUUCUCUGUAUCAUGCUUGGCAGUGCCUGGUGUCACAUCCUCCCUGGAUACUGUUUGAUUAAACAAGGAGUUGGUAAGUGAAGGCAGGUUUCCUCUGUAGUGUGUAUUUCUGACCAGGAGUUAUCCGGGCUCUAAUUACAUGUAAUUUAUUGGCUAAUUUCAAGCAUGUUUGGAAAACUCGUUAUGGGUUCAUAUGACUGAAUCUGGAAUACUUUCAAUAAAGAAAUAUGGUGUAUAACUAUAGAAGAAUAAUAUUUGCUGUUCACUUGAGCUAGUUUCAAAGAAGUUUGGUUACUGCUAGUACAAAUAAUGCAGAAGUUGGCUGGGGGCUGUGUGCCUAAGGAUUUAGCCCACUCCAGAGAGCUGUGGAUGCCCUAUCCCUGGAAAUGUUCAAGCCCAGACUGGACAUUGCUCUGAGCACCCAGAUCUAGUUGAAGAUGUACUGGCUGGUUGCAGGAGGGUUGGACUAGGUGGCCUUUACAGAUCCCUUCCAACCCAAACCAUUCUGGGACUCCAUGGUGCUUCUCAGCCAGAUUGUGACAACUCUUGAUGGGUUCUUUCCUGCUACAGCUCCAGUCCCAGCAGCCCUACAGCUAAAUGAAGUUAAAACUAGCUUUGAUAUGUUUAAGCAGUGACUGUACUCUAGACUAACAAAUGUUCCUGCAUCACUUCUGAUCCUCCAGAUUAGGUGAUUUUAAAUACAAUUCCCUUGCAAACUAUGCUUUUGGGAACUGAGUGUUAAUGUAUUUUUCUGUCAGUGUAUAUAUAGAGUCAUACUUAUUUGCUGCUAAAGAAUGUCAAUUACAUAUUUCUUUAUUAUUUCACUUCCUGAAUUAGUGAGCAGUUAGUGUACACAUCUUGCCAUCAUUUCUGCAGUUUUCUCUCCAUCCGUGAACACCAAAAAAAGCCAAAAAUCCCACCCAAGUUAAGUACAAAUGUUUGAAUGUCUUCCUGUCAAAGAUUUAAAUAAGUGAAAAAUAAUGUGAGCAAGUCACAAUGAGCUCCAAAAAGCAGUGUGAAAACAGUGCCUAAUCAGUGUUGGAGUUCUUAAAAAGUGUGGAUAGGCAAAAAGCUGUACUCAGACAUAUUACUCCUACUAGAUUUGUAGUUCUCUUUUCCUUAAUACAUAUUUUGAUAUGUAUACUGGGAAAUAUGUGGCCUACUUACCUAAGGAGUGGUGCAUCUCUCAGCUGUGAAGUGAGGCAGUGUUUUUAUGAGGGAAGGUAAAAGAUAUAUAACUUCUAAUCUGUGCUCGUAGUGAUAGUCUGCUUUGGGCAAACGAUGACAUAGCUUCUUAUUUAACUACAGCAAAGUGUUAAGAAAAAAAAAAACUUUAUGCUUCUAUAAAUUAAUCUACUGGAAAAAUCAUGGUAUGCAAUCUGACUUUAUUUUGCAAUCAAGCACUUGUAAUGACAGUAGUCAUUAACAGUAUUAACAGGAAUAGUGGAAAGCUGCUGUCUUUUCAAUAUUUAUUCAUGCUAUUUUAAAAUAUAACAUGAACAAUGAUUUUUUACAUAGGAAGUAUUAAAAAAUGAUUACUAUUAUUUUCUAUAAUUAUGGUAAUUUGUAUUUUAUUAAAUUUCUCUUGGAAUACUGUAAAUAUUGUGUGAAAAAUACUACAUUUACUUUCAGUUUUUAUUAUUGCUUUAAUUACUUGAAAUCUGAGGGGCAUUCAUAAUACCAAAUAGAGAACACUUUAUGAAGGAAAACUUUUUAUGAAGCUUCUUAAAAAGAUCUGACUGGUUCAUUACAGAUAUAUAGGUGCAUCUUCAUUAUUAACAAUAACACUACUAAGGGGAUAUAUCAUGUCUUAGCUUUUUAAUUUUUCUUUGAAAUUCAAACAAUUGUUACUUUUUUCAGAGCAACUUGGUUGUGAAUCUUGUAAACUUUCUGAAACUUUUACAUUCCUUUUCCCUGAUGGGCUCUGCAGGAAUAUGUACUGCUUCACCUAAUACUAGCUGUGCCUCAAAUUAAGUAGUCUAAUCUGAAGCUGAGACACUCCUACACCAUUUGAUUAUGUUAACAGAAAUUCAGCAUUCCUAGCAAAAAAGAAAAAAAGGCACGUUGAACUAGAUCCCUUUAAAAUACAUUAAUUGCUGUUGUUAAUUUUAUUACAUUAUAUUUGGUACCCUCUGGGUCAUAUGGUAAGCCAAAUCAGCUUUAUUCUUUGUUUCUCUUAGAAUGCAUUGGAACAAAGUCCUCAGCAUGCUUUUGUGUGCAUGUGUGUUGUUUUAAGUAUGCAGCUUCCGUUAUUUCCUCAGGAUAAUGUUGUUAUAUUUGACAUAUUCCUGUGAAUUAGUAGUUUCAGAGUGAUACCUUAGCUGUCACUGUAGAAAUUAAUUAUUUUCUAUAGAAAUACAUUGUACUUCUGUAGAGCUAUCUGGAAGAUAAGGGAAUUCAUUUGUAAGUAUGGUUUUAGUAGUAGACCUCCAUUCUCCAGUGUAUAUCAAGAUAGGCUGUAGGAGUGCUGCUUAUGGAUAGACUAUCUUCUUUUGCCUUAUGAUACAAGUAUGUAUGCAUAAAUACCUUGUUUUGAAAUUCACAGAGUUAAACAUUUUUCUCUGUAGUGUUCUGAAUUACUGUUGUACUGGAUUAUAUUUUUGAAAUGUGUGUUACAAUAUAUAUAGUCAAAUACUUAAAUUGGCAUGAAAUAAAUAAUUUCUGCAAUACA